CUACGGCGCGGACCAAUGUCUUGUAGAGAGCGAGGUGGAGGAGGAAGAAUCGUUUCUGUCUCUUCCACCGUUGCCGUCGUCGCCGCUGCUGUCGCUUCCUCUUCUUCUUGUAUGCCGAGGCGACGCGAUACUCGAGAACGCAUCAUCAAUUCUAGCGAAAACGAGAACCGCCCGUCACCAUCCCGCUACACACUUCUUGUCUCUGAAAACAAUCGUGAGAAAAAGGACGAACGGCGGACGGUAGUGGCUGGCAAGAGAGACAAGACCGCUGACAACUGUCGUACGAGAACUAGGACGACUGAAGUAACGGCGAGCGGCAGGAGUGACGACGUUGUCGAGACUACUUUAGUAGCCGAGAAGUUCUCAGUUGACUUUGAGAAAUGGUUCAAGAGGGAACCUACGAGCAUGGACCUGGACGGCAAGGUAACGGAGGACGUGGAUCAAUACCUAGGUGGGGAAGCAUUGUCGCCGCACAGUUUCCUGGAGAAGGAUCCUUACGGCCUGUCGAUCGACAUCGACCUGGCCACCGAAGAAAAGAAAGAGCAUCUGACCGAUCCAAUACUUCAGAUGCCGAGCGAGAAGGUAGAUGACGAAUACAUACUGUCAGAUUUUCAUCUGUACCAUCUGGAUACUUUGACGCUGUCGCCAGACGACAUGAUGGAGAUACUGCCGUCCGAUCAAUCGACAUUGUACGCCGCGGAGAGCCAGGAUGACGUCUCGCGAAGCGGCGAUGAUUGCAAGAAAUCCACUCGGAUUGCCGUCAACGAUCCGAAAGAUAAAGAGGAAAGUAAGAAAGUAGAGGCGACGGAAGACGAUACCAAGCAGGAAGCAGUGCAGUCCUCGGCGAAGAAUCCUUCGGGACUCUUUAUGGGAAUCCUAGCGCCGAUAGGGGAGAACUUGUCGAAAGUUGAGAGGCAAGAGGCCCCUCAAGUAUCAGACGCCAUAAUGGAGCAAUUGAAGGCAAGGGUGAAACUCGAGCCGCGUAUCAUCAAGAAGCGAGGGAAAAUGUCGGAAAAGCGGCUCGGCAGAAGCUUCAUCCGCGACGACGGUCAGGACGACGUGAUGGCCGUGGUAGCUAUAUCGACCGACAAAACCUCCAACAUGACGCAGAUCGUCAUCAAUACCGGCAAGGAACGGCAGGUCUAUCAGGGCAAAACGUCGGAGCUGAUCGAAGCCACGGGGAAUUUUCCGAUGCUGCCAAAGAUCGACGUUUGGAACGGUAUAUCGAGCGUCGACAAUUCCGGUAAUAGUCAGUACGAGAUCGUGAUAUCCAAAGCCUUGGAGGAAUUGGGCAUCACUGACGACAGUCUGCAACCUGUAUGCGUCACCGCGCACGACAAGGUCUGGCUCUGCCCGCAAGACGAUUGCAACAGGCAGUUCGGCAGGCUUUACACUCUCAAGGGUCAUUUAUUGACCCACUACGGGGUCAGGCCGUUUAAGUGUGAUCACGAGGGAUGUGCCUGGGCGUUCUACUCCGAGUUCAAGCUGAAACGGCAUAAGGAGACACAUCUGAAGCGCAAGGAUCACGUGUGCGAGGUGGAAGGGUGCAAUCGCAGAUUCACCACAGUCUACAACUUGUGGAGCCACGCGAAGCUGCACAGCCGUCCGAAUCGAAUUUUCUGUCAAGUUCCCGAUUGCGAGGAGAAGUUUCAAACGAAAAGGGCGCUGGAGCUGCACAUGAAGUCGCACGAUCAGCGUCACGCGCCGUACGUGUGCCAACACUGCGGCAAACGGUAUUACAGCAACAACGCGUUAACGUCUCAUCAGCGUUCGCACAGCUACAAGGAAGUGGACGUCAAGUGCUCGUGGCCCGGCUGCGGCAAAGUAUUCGACAAACCGUGUCGCUUGAAGGCCCACACGCGUUCUCACACCGGCUGUAAGCCUUAUCAUUGCACCUAUCAGGAUUGCAAGUGGUCCUUCUCGUCGUCCAGUAAGCUCAAACGACACCAGAAGAAGCACACGAAUGAGCGUAAGUUUGCCUGCGAAGCGCCGGGCUGCGGGAAAGCUUUUAUGCGCUCCGAACACCUGAAGGAACACCGGCUGACGCACACCGAAGGCCGUUACUUUCAUUGUUUCGUGUGCGACGCGCGCUUCUCUGCCAAAAGUAGUCUCUAUGUGCACAUUAAGAAGCAUCAGACCAAGAUGUUGACGAAGAUGGACGAUUUAUCGAACGCUGGCCGGAAAGGCGCGAGGACGAAAGCAUCUCACUUCUCACGAGCAGCGAAGCCUAUCCAGUCGGUAUCCAUGGAACCACUCCGAUUGGAGGAGAGCGACGCAGCGUCCUGCGACGAUUCAACGUACGCCUUCCACAAGGAUCAACUGCGUACGGCGUAUUACUGUCCGAUCGAGACGUGCGCGUACUUGUACUCAAACGAGACGACGUUACGUCAGCAUGCGCUCAAGGUGCACGGUGUGAUUGUGCAGUGCGAGGAAGACUCGCUGCAAAAGGGUCCGUCGAUCACGGAUUAUGUUCUCUGUAAAUUAUCGUCCUCGACAUCGCCGUCACUCUCAUCACCGCCGCUGCCGUCGUCAUCUGCUCUGUCAACGACGACCACCACUUGGUCCUUGAGUUCACCUAUCGCCGCUGUGGUCACUGCGGACGAGAAAACGGUAAUGACGAGCGACGAAGUGCGCGUUGUCAAUCUGAGCGCUUCAUCCUCGUUGCUACCGACGAAAAGAGCGGUGUGUUAUUUAUCAAAGCCAGCCUCUUUCGACAACGUCGUUCUACCGAAGAUCAGUGUGCAACCGUUACGAACGGAUGAAGCCGUACAAGAAGCUGCGAACAAGGAUCAUGGUUCAGCGCGCACCAGCCUUACGUUAUCGGACGUGCUUCGACGAAAGAUAUAUGAUGCACAAACAGAUGCAGUGGAUCGCUCGGUCGUGACAUCCUGUGUCACGACGUCCUCAUCGUCCUCCUCAGUCGCGUUAGGUACGGGUGAUCUGUGCGGGAAUCUGUUGUUCAUAGAGGAGUUGCCAUCGGUAUAUUAUCAAGACGACCCAGCUGGCGCAGAGUAUCAGGUGUUGUUGCUCGAUUCUAGUCCGCUCGAAAGUGCUGGUAACUUGCGCGGUUACGAAUGAGCCUCUCUCCCCAGUGAUCAUACGGUGACGACAUUACGAUCUCGAACAACCGUCGUGGCUCACAGCGGUUGUUACUAGCGUAAGCGUAGCGUACACAAGCGCCGAGUCUGUGAUCUAGGAGCUGGCCUCAGCUUGACAUUCAUUUGUACCGCAACAUGUAUAGUCUUGCUUUGAAAUCGUUAUUUUAUUAAUAAAUCGUUGAUAUUUUCCAUUAAAAAAAUAUCGUGUUUUUCAUUGUUUAGGCGAUAUCUGACUAUUGUGUGUAUGUGAUGGUUGUGCUACACGAUUCUGUCACAACAUCGAGUCGUCGAUGAGACUAGGUGAAAUUAUCGCGACUGACUGGUAUUAGCUCGUAUUAGAGUAUAUCAAAAACAUGCUUUCAACAAAACUUUCCAAACUGUGCCGUUUACAAAUAAUUUGCUAAUUAUUUACUAUUAUUUAGCACUUCGGAUUUUGCUGAUAUACAAACACAUGCACGCGUCCAUACAAACACGCACGUGCACGCUCGUUAAAGAAAUCACACUCGUUAAGUGAUAUCGUUCAACUAGAGUAAAUAGAUAAGAGUGCAACCGACAUAACAGUUUGAUCAGAAGCACACAUGGUUUAUUUUGUUUGUGACUAAAAAUAUAUAUGCCGUGCACGAUGUCGUUAAGUUAAAAUAUUUUUGUUACAUAUUUUCGAUAUAUCGCGAAUUCAGUUGCGCUUCUCUACUUAUAUUUAGGACUCUACGACAUCGUAUUACGUUAUGCAAGAUCUUCGAAAAUUUUUAUCGCACCGGUACAUUUUUUGGCGCGGUACACACAUAUUGCCGUAAGAAAAAACAAACUAGAUAGAAUGUAUAAAGCACGUCGAAGACAUGUUGAGAGAUUUUUACUUAAUGCGUAUAUAUGUACAUAUAUACACCGUAUAUAUAUAUAUAUACCCUUCGAGGCAAUCGCGCGCUAAAAUAACAUUACUCGCAAGUGUUCCGAUAAUUGGAUUAUAGAUACAUUCUAAACGAAAUUAUCCUACAUAGGAACUCUCACGUAACGGAAUUACGCCAACGUUGAGCGACGUUGAGCUCUGUAAUAUACGUAUCGAAUAUUUGGGAGCCUUAAAUAAAAAUCGCGAUACAUUAAAAUGAUCACCGGAGGAAUGUAUACACACGUGCGUUUACGUGUGCAUUUUGUAUAUGGCGUGUCUUUCAGCAGCUGUUCUCUCUCAUCUAAGAUCAUUUCGCCGGAAAGUAUAAUUCGUGCUACAAUCUUCUUAGCAUAUCGUUUCAGAUGAAUAAAGGAAUAUAUAAUAAUGUAUGCUAAUUACGCGUCUAUUUUAUCACACUCGUGAUAAGAUAAUUAAGCUAACUAUGUGGGAACAAAUAUAUAAUUCGAUUACGCGUAACGUUGCACGUAAUUAAUAUUUUUGUCUCUCUUAUAUACGAAAAAUGCAGCGUACUUGGUCGAAGAAAGGAUUUUCUGCAUCAUACAUAUCAACUAAAUUUCAUUUCAAAUGAUGAAAUCCACACUCUGAAACAGAAUUCACUAUAAUUCGCUAUCAUCGUGAACGAUAAAGUAUGUUGCACGUUGCACCCGAGAACAGUUAUAAUAACGAAAUCGCGGGAUAUCACUGUAAUUUUCUCCAUCUAACAAUACUAGCAAUACGCAUUUCGUCGUUGACAAGCGAUUUUCGUACGACCGAGAACAGAUAUGUAAGCCGAAUCUCGACGAUCAGCUAAGUCAAGAAUCUCGACGUGUCUUUCGUCUUGUUAGAAAUAAUACCGUCGAAGAGAGACGAAUCUCAUAGUGCGAACAGACGCGAAUUACCUGUUUACUGUCUUGCAUGUUCGCUCGCGCAUCAUUCGAAUUAACAUCCUGAUAUUGAUAUUUUUGAUUGUUUUUAGGAACUCAAUUGCGACACAAGAGCCGUUCGCAUAGGACUCGAAAAGGCGUAGCUGUCGGGAUACGUCGCACAAUGGAUCGAAACUAUAAAAUCUGUGGACAUACAUAUAUGGGCUAAAAAAUAAAGUCGACAUUUUUCUGUCGAAACGUGAAAAAUGUAGGGUAGAAUGAUCACGCCCUCUGAAUCUAUAAUGAUAUUCUUAUUGAUAUUGUUUUUUGUCAUUAACUAGAGCAACACAGCGCGCUAUUCAGCUAAUUAUUAUUAUACGGAAGAGAUCUCAGUUCGUGUAAUUAAUUAAA